AUGUCUUGGCAAAACCCUCCGGGCAGCCAGCCCGGCCCCAACGCCAACAACUCGCAAUCGUCUGGCCAGCCACCGAAUCGCGACUCCUUUAGCUCUCGCAUCACAAGCUUCGCCGAUAUUGCCGACAUCUCCAUCGACCAUCUCUCCUACAACGACACCUCGGCAACAGGCGCCCUCGACACAACUCCGUGCCGGCCCCCUCUGCGCAAUCCGCCCCCGCCCCGAGUACCACCAUCACAACACCUACCCUUCCUCUACUCCAACUCCACGCAGCCUCAAUAUGGCUACAAUGUCACGAACACGCCGACAAACACCAACCUGCGACCGAGCGAGUCUAAUGUGUCGCUUCAAUCCGCGUGGGAUGGCCAGGGCCGCGUAGUCCAGGGGAGGGAAUCGAUGGUAUCGCUGCAGUCGUACUACGAUCCCCACCCUUCGCCUCAGCUACAGUGGUCUCCCAGCGCGAAUGCCUACAUCUCUACCGCGCCCGUGAACGCGCCUACCUCGUACGGAGGUCGCGGCAACGCGCGCAACGGCUACUCGUUAGCCUUCACAGGCGAGCACGAGGCCAUCGCCGAGGAAGAGUACGACCUGUCCCUGCUCAGGUCCGCCGCCCCCAUGGGCAACGACUCGAGCCGCGAGCCCCUCAUGCGACCGGUUAACGGCCCGCCAGCCGCAAACUCGAAGUGCUGUGUUGAGGGACUUGGGCCAGGACGAGGCGAACCGAAGGGGAAAAUCAUUGAAGUCGUCAUCGAGGAACCCACCGGAGUAGACAUUAGUGCCAUGGUAGGACCCGAAGGUCUCGACGAUAACAGCGACGAUUCAAACAGGCCGCCGCCGCCGCCGCCGAAAAAGGCGGUGACCGAGGUAUUUUACCCUCAGCCAAAUUGGAAGCCGUUUUCCAUGAGAUGGCCUUACCUCUCAGCCCUCGUCUUCCUCUCGCUAGGGCUUGCCGCCACCCAGGAGAUCAUUUACCAAUUGUCCAAGAAGGAGCCUCUGAUCAAGUUCACCUCGCCCGACGAGAUCAACCCCGGGGUGUACUUUGCUCUCAAGUUCCUACCAACCAUCAUUUCGGUGACGUACGGUGUGCUGUGGCAAGUCACAGACUACGACGUCAAGCGACUCGAGGCGUUUUACCAGCUCUCGCGCGAAAAGGGCGCCCUCGCGGGUGAGUCCAUCAACGUGGAUUACAUGACGAGCAAAACGUUUCUGCGGCCGUUCCGGGCCCUCAAAUUGAAGCACUACGCCGUCGCCGUCUCGUCGCUGGGGUCGGUGCUCGCGGUGUCUCUUGUGCCGACGUUUGGCGCCGCAUCCAUCCUGCUCACUCCCAACAGGCUCGACCGAAUCGCCCACCCCGAUCUAGAGAAGGCCGUCAUCAUCAACGCGAUAUGGUCGCGGCUUUUGACGGUCACGCUGGCCAUCUGCGCGGUGUGCGCCUCGCUCCUAUUUUAUCUUCUCCAGACCCGAAGGUCUGGGAUCGGAGCCGACGUCAAGGGGAUUGCGGGGUUGGCGUCGAUGGCCGUGGUGUGCCAUAUCCUGAUGGAUUUCAAGGACAUGGACACGGCCAAGCACGAGGACAUUCACAAGAAGCUCAAGCUCCGCCGCUACAUUUUGAGAAACUCGGCCCUGGCACCCUACGACGAGACGCCCACGUCCUCUUCCGCCUCCAUGGUUGCGCGACCCGAGGAGGAUCGGUUUCAGCAUACCCAUCUGUCGGAGAACCCCCACCCCCUCAUGCUGCGCGCGGCUGGUUAUGUCCCCUUUGUCGUCGGGGUCAUUGUGUUUAUGGGCUUUGUUCCGGCCAUGAUUUUCACCAAGGCCACCGUGGUGACGGAUCGCGCUCCGUGGGUGAUCACGGCGCUCGCCGUCGGCAUCAAGCUGGGAUGGGGCACGCUGGACACCGACAUUCUAACGGUGCUCCUCACCAGCUUGGCGACGGUCGACGGUCGCGAUUUCCUCGCCGUUGUCGCGCGACCGGGCAGCACGGAUACCGACGACGGCAUCAAUUCGGGCCAGGAAACGGUGCUGUCGUUUUGGUUCUCGCUCGUGGCGGCGGCGCUGAUUCUCGUGUACAUGGGGGUCAUUUCCACGCUCGUGUUCGCCCGGCGGCGGCACCCGUUCCUCCCGCGACAGCCCAACACGAUCGCCUCGGUCCUCGCUUACAUACACCAGAGCAAGAUGCUGUACGACUUUGUGAACACGUCGACGCUGAGCCACGCGGACAUGGAUGAGAAGCUGGAGGGGCUGGGCAAGAAGUAUGGGCUGGGAUGGUUCCAGGGCCGCGAUGGCCAGACGCACUGCGGCGUGGACCAGGAGGAGCUGACGGGCAACAUAUGCGAGAUCACGGGCGCGCUCCGCUAUAUGUCCCGCUACCCGCAGGACGUGUUUGACGUGCAGGAAGGGACGGAUGCGAUUGAACCGACGCACUUGACGGAUCUAUUCGUGCAUGUUGCCCAGUCCUUGUUCACAGGAUCAGCGAGAUGGGAGAUCAAAUGGAUCCGGUGCAUGUCCGUCCAGUCAACAGUGAAUCCGGGAAGCGCGCGCGUUGGCUGGGCGGUGACGUAA